UCCUGGUUUGCAUAAAUAGGAGUGUGAAGUGAGUUCUCCAUCGUAAGUGAUCAACAAUCAUCAUGAGGUCUCUGGUCCUGCUUUUGCUUGUGGGAGCUUGUUUUGCUCUGGAGGAUGACAAGAUUGUAGGAGGGUAUGAGUGCACACCCUACUCCCAGCCUUGGCAAGUGUCUCUGAACGUUGGCUAUCACUUCUGCGGUGGUUCUCUGAUCAAUCAGAACUGGGUUGUGUCUGCUGCUCACUGCUACCAAUCUCGUCUGGAGGUUCGUCUGGGUGAGCACCACAUCAAGAUUAAUGAGGGUACUGAGCAGUUCAUCUCCUCUGCUCGUGUCAUCCCCCAUCCCAACUAUGACUCCUGGAACAUUGACAAUGACAUCAUGCUCAUCAAGCUGAAUCAACCUGCCAGCCUGAACAGCUAUGUGCAGCCGGUUGCUCUGCCUAAAAGCUGCCCCCCUGCGGGUACCUGGUGCACAGUUUCCGGAUGGGGAAACACCAUGAGCUCCACUGCUGAUCGCAACAAGUUGCAGUGUCUGGAGGUCCCUAUUCUCUCUGACACAGACUGCAAUAACUCUUACCCUGGAAUGAUCACUAAUGCCAUGUUCUGCGCUGGCUUCCUGGAGGGAGGCAAGGACUCAUGCCAGGGUGACUCUGGUGGCCCUGUGGUGUGCAAUGGUGAGCUGCAAGGUAUUGUGUCUUGGGGUUAUGGCUGUGCUGAGAAGAAUCACCCUGGUGUCUAUGCCAAGGUUUGCAUUUUCACCAGCUGGAUUUCCCAGACAAUUGCCAGCAAUUAAAUCUGCUCCAGUCCACUUUACACAAUGCAACAACAUACUAUGAAAUUCAGCACCAACAUUAUAUUAAAAUAAAAAAAAAAUUUGUUGAAGCAAUAACACAGUCCUGUUUGACUCUUCAUUUGUAAAAUUGAGUUUCUUUUCAAGCAUUUUCAUGCACUACAAUCAUCUUUUUAAUAAUGAAUAACCGACGAAUGAACCAGUAGCCAACGUGUGGCUAGAGUAAAAGAGGUUUUUAAUUAGUAUAAAGUCCUGUUUCUUUAGGCAGCACCAACUGCUUACAGCAUAAGGUCAUGCUAAGGUCAUUUACAUAGCUAUAAUCCAUAAACUUUGUUGUUUCUUACUAACCCCAGGAGAGCAACAACUAUAAAGAAGCUGACUGAAUAUAUAUCAUAUUUACUGGCAUUAAAUCUGUAAACUGUUGAAAAUACGUAGAUCACACAAUUUCUGUGACAUUUUAUUUGUUAUAUUGUGCACUUCAUCGUUAAGCCAGAUUGAUAUAUUUGCGUUAACACGUAUUUGUGUGUAUGGGGGGAUUAUGGGUAAUUGUCACAGACAGAGACGUGCUAGUGCUGUCCUCCCACGACCUCUAGUCGAACAAAACAUAACUAAGCAUUGUGUGUAUCCGUGGUGCUAUGUGUCAGGCAAACGCUGAUGUGUCCGGUUCCAUACCGAUAAACAUUUUGAAUUAGGAAUAAUAUUGUUUAAUUCUUAGUAAUAUUGUUCAAAAUAUAUCUGAAGUGUAAAGAAUAAGAUGCUGAACAAUAUUGUAUGUACAAUAAAAUUUUCUCUUACGGCA